UCAUGAUUCAACGAAUGAUCACAUUUCAAAAUGGCGGCCCAAGCUAUUUAGAAGCCACGCCUGUGUAACAUACAUAUUUCCUUUAUUUUGUACGUGAUUAUUGUUGGGUUAAUGCGGAAUUGUCUGAGGAAUUUUGUUCUGUGAAAUCUAAAAUAGCAGCUCCAAAAUGUCUGUGAGGAUGGUGAAUGUAGUGCCUAACAAUGUGAAGAUAAAGAAGGAGCUAGAAAUUCCCGAUGACGAUGACCAGGUGGCAUGCAAGGUGUGCGGGAAGGGCUUCGCGAGCGUCGUAGCGCUCCGGAACCACGUCCGAAUGGAGCACAUUGCGGUCUACCUCGGCGGAGAGGAGGAGGCCUGGCUGCAGAUCUUGGAUAAAACCACAAAAAAGCAGAUACAACAUCAACUAGAAUCCGACAAGCAUAAAGCCAUACGGCUGAACACCGAGAAGCUGCUCUCGUACAUGGGCCCUCAGAACCUGAUGAGCUUGGCUUCCGAGGACGUGAGCUACAUCAUCAUAAAGUCUGAGGAUGCGCCGGCGCCGCCUAAGAGGAGGCGGGAGGAGAAACCGCCGAGGGCUAAGAAGGAGCCGGAGCCUACAGUUAUCACCGGCCCGUUCGAGUGCCUUCAGCCUUCGACGCUGGUGGCGGAUGGCACGUGCCAUCAGAUAUUCUUCUCGUGCUGCGCCUACUCGGCGCACUUCCGCGACGAGCACGCGGCGCGCCGCCGGGGGCUGCGCUGCCAGGUGUGCGAGCGGCCGCUGGUCGGGGAGCUCAGUGCGCCUUUUGUGUGUGAUGUGUGCGGCGCCGGUUUCAACAGCAACCGCGAGCUGGCCGACCACACGUCCACCGCUCAUGUGAAGCUGAAGCCGUUUCAAUGCAGCGUUUGCCACAAGAGGUUCACACAGCAGGGCGGUGUUCAACAACACAUGCGCAUGCACACGGGUGAUCGUCCCUUCGAAUGCACGUACUGCACCAAAGCAUUCACCCAGAAGUCGGGUCUUGACCAGCAUCUCCGUAUCCACACCAAAGUGAAGCCGUACCGCUGUGUGAUAUGCGCGAAGACCUUCUGCCAAUCGAUACAUUUGAAACAGCACAUGAGAACUCACACCAACGUCUCACCGUUCCAAUGUGGUAUUUGUCAGAAGCGGUUCAAGCAGAGCAGCCAUCUGAAUUACCAUUUGAAGAAUCACAAUCCGGGGAAUAUGACCGAUGAGCAGAAACAGAAAUACGUGGAACUCAUAGGGCUGAUGAAGAACGAUGUCAAAGUGGAGAUUGAUACAAGUGCUGUGUACGAACCAUUGGAGACCGAGCAGGUUGUUACGGAGCAAGUGAUUACGGAACAGGGGAUAAGGAUAAUUGGACAAGACGGAGAGGAGUAUGUGUUGGGUGAUAACGGUACGGAAUCGUGGAGUGUUCAGUUGGUGGAUGAAUCGUGAAUGAACCGUUGCGGGGUAGACAGAGCCAAUGGAAGAGGCUGGUAUGCCAUGUUCAGCUGUUUGGCUUUAUGGUUGAAUUGAGAUUGGAAUAGUGACAGGUCGCCGGCCCAUCGCCUGAAAUUAGAAUCCUAAGUGUAUAAGCAUAUCCCUUAGUCGCCUCUUACGAGAAUUAUGGGAAAUGUGAUCCUGUUCUUUUUAUAUUGGUGCCGGGAACCACACGGCAUGGUGAAUUUUUGAGAGAGUAACAAAAAGCUGAAUGAACUGUGUAUAUAGUCUACAAUAUUCUUAUAACUGACUUAGUUGUGAAGUAAGUAGCUAAUUAAAUCUGGUGUAUUUAUGUGUUAUUAAUUAUUAAGUUUCGCACGAAAAGUUAACUGUAGUAAACAUGUAGUAAAAAUUUUUUUUGAGAUUUACUGAUCCGACGUAUUGUAAUUUCUUGUUUAAAUCUAUACUAAUAUUAUAAAGCUGAAGAGUUUGUUUGUUUGAACGCGUUAAUCUCAGGAACUGUUGGUUCUAUUUGAAAAUAUUUUUUUUCGUUGAAUAUACCAUGUAUCGAGGAAGGCUUUAGGCUAUAUAACAUCACGCUGCAACUAUAAGGAGCAAAGAAAUAAUGGAAAAUGUGAAAGAAAACGGGGAAAAUUAUUCAUCCUUGAGGGCUUCAAUGAUGCCCAUAAUAACUAUUCCACGCGGACAAAGUCGCGGGCACAGCUAGUAUAAAUUAACAUUGAAAUUAGUGUUGAAUGUUAAUUUCAAUUUAGUUUCAAUUCGUCCAUUUUUAAAUGUUAACUAAGUACAAUAUAACUGCAUGACGAAAUAUAUUUUAAAAAAAUGUGUCAAUAUAUUGUACCCACAUCUAUGUAUCGGCAUAGACCAGUCUUAUGUAUACUUACUGUAGGUAUUAUGA